AUGAAUUGGCUAAAACUAACGAAUACUUUGCAGGUUAUUUCGAAGAAAACAAGGCCAUCAGUGCAUCCUCCAAAGAUUGGACUUAUAAGUCCUCCAAUCAACGAGCCAAUAAGUCUCAUUUCUACUCCCAACAGUGCAAUCGAUGCAUUAUACUCGGAGUCUGCAGUGGCAAAGAUAUGGGGUGUUGCAAAAAGAGCUCUCGACAGGUCCUCUCCUCCCACAUUCUUUCCCGAAUAUACAGCUCCUGGUGGUACAAAAUACGUCUACCGAGAGUUCGACUUCUGGACAUCAGGCUUCUUCCCCGGAUCCAUGUACCUCCUUCUCGAGAGACAAAGAAAACAUCCCGAAUCCUUCCCAGCGCCUCCAUUUUCCGGCCUGCCCCAGACCCCACACCCCAUGCAGCUGCAGUACGCAUGCAAGUGGUGGACAGUGAACCUUCAUCAGAACGCAUCUCUCACAACGACCCAUGAUUUGAGUUUCAUGAUCUCCCCAUGGGCACGUUUAGCCUGGGAACUGGACCAGGAUGUGCAAGCCUACGGGACGCUGAUAACAGCCGCAAAGACGCUCGCCGCGAGAUAUAAUCCUAAAACGGAAUGUCUUCGAUCGUGGGAUACCUGCGUGACUAACAGAUACUCUUUCACGGACCCGUCAUUGGAUUUCCUAGUCAUCAUAGACAACAUGUUAAACCUCGAUCUCCUAUUCUGGGCCGCCACCGAACUACGAGAUCCCGCACUCCGUCAAAUAGCCAUCAGCCACGCCAAAACCACGCAGAAACACCACAUCCGCCCAGACUCCACCACAUUCCACGUCGUGAACUUCGACCAGGACACCGGGGCCGUCAAAGACAAGUUCACCAACCAAGGCUAUUCCGACACCUCGUGCUGGUCGCGAGGGCAGAGCUGGGCCAUCACCGGGUUCGCGCAAACAUAUCUAUGGACACGCGAUAGGAGUUUCCUCACGACGGCGCAGGAAUGCUCCGAUUACUUCCUGGCGCAUCUGCCACCGAGCGGGGUUCCGUAUUUCGAUUUCAAGGCCCCCGUUACGUCGACGACGCCUACGGAUACGAGUGCGGCGCUUAUAGCAUGUUACGGCAUGCUGCUGCUGCACGAGGCGCUGCUUGCACUUGAUGAACCGUCGCCGUAUUUGAAAGCCGUUAUGCAUGUUCUCGCGUCUGUGUGUGUGGCUCAGGUAAAUCCACCGGCGCGUUUCAACUGUGACAUGGUUAGUAUCUCGUCUGUUGAGCAUGGCAUUUCGAGCGAGGUGGGGGCUUUGGAGGUGGAUAUGGGGGAAGGGGCCGAGACAAUUGUGCGUGGUGCUACGAUCAACAACUACGAAUUUGCGCCGAGGAGAUGGGCGAAUCAUGGUUUGGUCUACGCCGACUACUAUUUUUUGCUCGUUGGGAACAAGUUGUUGGAUAUGGGUAUUGGUAAGGGCGUUGGUGCAGAAUAG